CUUCGCCAUUGAUGAUCUAUCUUUCUCCAGCUGUUUGUUGGCAAUUUUUUCUACUUGUGGUAUAAUAGAACUUUCAAAGUGUGAGAAGCAUUAGGUUACUGUACGGCGGCCAAUGACAACCUUAUUGUACAGUGACCUGAGACAAUAUGAAAAGGAGGUAGCCCUGAAAAGGGCUGACAUUUUGCCAGUAAAGGGCCUGCCUUUCAAGCCGUCAAUUGCUGAGCUAGGGGCUCACGCACACUAGAACACUUCCCUCCUCGUCCCUACCUCAUUUGUAGAGCGACUCCCCUCGGCUUUAGAACAAUGGUACAGUGUAGAGGUUUCUGGUCCAGUGUAUGGAAGAGAAUGUGCCAUAAAAAACAUGUAGACAUGAAUGAUACAAGCACUCGACUUCAAAGAUGUUUAUCUUUGAAACGACUCAUCUUUAUUGGAAUUGGUAAAACUGUUGGAGUAGGAAUUUAUGUCCUUAUUGGCGAGGCAACUAAAGAUGCAGGUCCAUCUGUUAUCCUAGCAUUUGUGAUAAGUUUUAUAGUGACAUUGCUCAAUGGUUUAUGUUUUGCGGAAUAUGCCUCAAAGAAUCCACGGACUGGGGCUCAAUAUACCUACAUGUAUGAAACUAUAGGCGAAGCUUUCGCAUUUAUCAUAGGCUGGACUUCCAUCAUAGGAGUUACCAGUGCAUUUUCUAUGGCUGCCCGUGGAUGGAGUGGAUACAUUGACUCUUUAUUCAAUCAUAGGAUAGAAAAUUUUACCAUUUCUCAUAUUGCUAACUGGACGUCACAUGGAUCACCAUAUCCAGCCUACCCAGAUCUACCCGCGGUUCUUAUUAUAUUAGUUGUAAUGCUUAUGUGCUCACUUGGUGUUAAUUUUGCUUCAAUUGUAAAUUCCCUUUUGACUGCAGUGGCAGCAAGUUUACUUGUGUUCAUAACAGUUUGUGGGUUUUUCUUUGCAAAUUUUGACAACUGGUCAAAAAUACCUGGUGGUUUCUUUCCAAAUGGAUUAAAUGGUGUUUUAAAGGCAUCUUCAUCUUGUUUUUAUGCCUUUCAAGGUUACGAAAUAUUAGGAAUUUCAGCAGAAGAGACUGUCAAUCCAAAGAAAGACAUUCCUCGUUCAAUAGUGCUAGUGCUAUGUAUAGUAACAUUGCUCUAUGUUAGUGUUGCUGUGUCAUUCACACUUAUGAUUCCUUAUAAUGAGGUCACUAUAAGUGCGCCAUUUCCCGGAGCAUUCGAGUAUAAUUCUAUUAACUGGGCAAAAUAUAUCGUGGAAAUUGGACCAAUUUUGGCACUUGCCAACAUGUGUUCCCUGGAGAUGUUUACCAUUCAACGUUUAACGUUUUCAAUGUCCGAAGACGGAUUAUUGUUUAAGUUUCUGUCGCAUGUGAACAAGUACACCAAAGUGCCACUCGGUCCGAUAUUUACAUUUGGACCGAUUGUGGUAAUACUUGUUUUAAGUAUUGACUUGUCUAAUCUCAUAGGAUUUAUGGUGACUUUUACAUUCAUCCAGUACUCGUUAUUUGCAGCGUAUUUAAUCAUAUUACGCUACACACCACAAUCAUAUGAAGGGGUAAAUGAUGGGGAUGAAAAACCAACUGUAUAUUUUAAAACCAGUAAAAAUAGUUGUUAUGAUUAUUGCUGUAAAAGAAAUCCCAUUUCAGUGAAGAUGCUAGUUUUUGUCAUCUAUUUGUCAGUGUUUAUACUGUCAUGUCUGAUUUUGAUAAAAGGACCAUCAAUUGUACACGGGAAUUUUGUAGUGACAUUGUUUGUUGUGUUACUAAGCACAAUCGUUAUUGUAAUAACCAUUAUGAUCUGGCGUCUGGAGCAACAGGGAGAUCGCCGAGGUUAUCUAGUUCCAUGUAUGCCAGUACUACCUGUGUUAUCAAUGUUUUUUAACCUGUUGAUGCUAGUGUCUGCCAUUGACAAGGGCUCAAUCGUGGCAUCUAUUGUCCUAGCUGCAAUAGGUAUGAUAGUCUACCUUGUGAUUGUGAUAUAUGAUGUAACAAUGAGCGACAAAAACAACAUGACAGAUGAAGAUAAUAUGAAGCUGUUACAGGGAGAAGGGAAUGAUGACACUGAGUCAGAUCUAUGAUAGGCACAAUAGAAAUGAUAAGCGCAAAAAGAGGAAAAUGGUUUUCACUAUUAGUGGAUGAUUAUGAUAUAGUUAUCAUUUGCCUUUUUUAAUCACCCAGAAGUAAAUGGCAUAAAAGAAAUUAUAUAAAUCAUCAUUGUUUACCAGGGGAAUUUGGUUAUUAGAUUUGUUAAUGUUGAUGGUUGGCUGGGCUUGCGUGUAUCUCCUUAUUUCUUAUGGAAUUUCAAUCAAACAUUCAUAGAAGUAUUGUCAUGAUGCCGGGGAAAUUUAGUGGGGUUUUCUGAUAUUAUUAUUUUUUUACCAUUCAUUAUGAUGGCUGUAUGGGUUGAUUUUUAUUCACAUGUGUUAUAUAUACACGCCCGUUUAACUCACAACGAGUGAAAAAUGUCCAUCGGUAAAAAUGUUGUGAGCAACUUCCGUUCCUCGUUGUGAGCACCCAUCUAUGACGAGUGACACGAUAAACAAGGUGAGUUUUUCAUAAUUUUUGAAGAUUACAGACAUUUAUGUAAAAUUAUCGGAAUGCAGUUAGCUAGCGAUGUGUUUUCCGAGUAUGCAC